AUGUGGUUCAUUACAAAAGUUCUAUUUGUUCUGUCCGCAACGAAAAUGACACUGAGUUCUGGUGUUUUUCGUUAUACCCCUUCAUAUCUUCAUGGAGGAUAUGUGUACUACUUUAAUCCAGGAGACAGAGUUCAGUGCUUGAGAGCUUGUUAUGAAGAAAGCGAGUGUGUAUUUGUGACAUACAAUGAGGGCACCAAUCACUGUAAUUUAUACAGACAGGGUAACAGUACGAAGUCGAAUGGAUACGUACUUACAAGAGAAGAGACAGAUGCAUCGUGCACGACGGAAUUAGCCAGCGACAACAUUUCGUUUCAAAAAAUUCCUCACCGGGUUAACUCUACAAAAUCAGAAUGCAACAAUACUGCAAGACAUGAUGUUGCUGUCAUCAAAUAUUAUGAUCACUUCAACUACCGUUUCUUUCUCCACAGCUCCAUGAAAGAGGGGAAUUGGGGUCGUUCUGUUGGAAAUUUCAGCUUACUCUUUUCGAAAAAGACAGCAGAAAACUGUACAUCCGUUCCUGUGUUUCACAAAGCAAAUCUUCGUCGCUUAUAUUUUGGAGAAGCCUACAAUACAACUGGCUAUUACUUCUACAACGCUUACGCUUUUGCGGACUAUUGCACUACUCCGAAGGGUGAAUGCUUGGGUGUGCAAGAAAUUCAAGAAUACGUGGACGAAAAAGGCUUCUUUUACGACGAGCCUAGAAGAGAGGACAUAACUGACUCCGGUCUGGGUCAAACGUUCUUCAUCGUGGGCAAAGAGAAUAUCACUAAAUUACCGUGA